GCUUUAAUAAUUGAAGAUGACCUGCACAGGUUUUCACGAGCUAAUCGAAUGGAAACGCUUGAGAUCACCAAUUACUUUUUUACUGACAACGGACACUAUCAAUGUCGGCUGUUUGAUGGGGAUUCAAGUUUCCUGCAAGACUCCAAUGAAAGAUUCAGUCUUUUGGAAACACCCACCAUUCGGACUGUUCCCCUAAAUAACACGAUUGUUUGCGAGGUUGGGCAGGAAUUGUCACUCCAGUGCUCUGUCCAGGAACCCUACAAUGUCAAGUUUAAAGACUUCCCAAAUACAGAAACGGGCAUUGCAAUCCAACUUUUGAAAACAAUCACACAGGAAGACUGCGAUAACCAAGAAAUCAACAUUGUUUGCCAAGUGAUUGAAUUUACCCAAUUCACACGGAACAUCACGUUGCGGUUUGUCAGCGAUGAUGGAUUCACGUGUGUAGGUGACCCAGAAUUUGGAAAUGGAUUUUUAAACGAAAAGGGUCAAGCUUCUUGUGAAACAAAUUAUGUCGGAGAGAAGACUGCCAUUUGCAGGGUUAGCGGAGAAUGGGAAGAUCGCGAAGACAACUGCAACAUCCAGAAAAUUGUGCAACUAUUCAUUGAAUCUCAGUUUUUGAAUGAAAGGACAGUGCCGGAUUUCCUGGAGGAACUCAGCAAUGCUACUCUUGUUCUAAGUGAGGAAGUGACUCAAUCUCCCAAUGACAUUGAGUUAAUUGUGAGAAUUCUCAACAAUGUCGCCACCUUGGUCACAGCAUCUCCUACUAUCCAGAUCAGUCAGGACUCGAUGGAGGAUGUCCUUAUCGUGACGGAUGUCCUUAGUCGAGAUCAGGCAAGGGAAUCGUGGGACAAUCUUAACCUUCAAGCUGUCCUUGAGGACACGAGACAGGUCACUCCCAGAAAUGAGAGUGUCAGCUCAUUAUUGUUGUUUUCCCUUGAGGGUAUUACGAGCAGGCUUGUCAAUGGCUCUUUCAGCAUUGAAACGCCGUUGAUAGUCUUGAACAAAACGACUUUCACCGACAGUUUCAACGGGGACUUUAAUUCCACCGUGGAGAUCGACAUCCCGCAGUCUAACAGAGAGACCAACCUCACCGUGAUCACCUUUGAAUCCUUGGAUAACGUACUCCCCCCGAGAGACGAGAACAACGCCUCGGGCAGGGUCAUCAACGGGCGAGUCGUCCUGGUUCAGUCCGACACGACCGUCGACAACAUCACGUUCACCUUUGACAUCGUAAACGACGGCCUGGGGAACCCUCAGUGCGUGUUCUGGAACUUUUCCCUCUUCGACGGACUCGGAGGAUGGGACGGCGAAGGCUGCGAGCUUGUUCAACGAAAGGACGACACGGUCACGUGUCGGUGUGACCACCUGACCUCGUUUUCAAUACUCAUGUCGCCCAGCGUUCCCAACAGCCGCGUGCUGGAUUUCAUAACCUACAUUGGUGUCGGUAUUUCCAUGGCAUGCUUAGUGAUAUGCCUGAUUAUCGAAGCGCUCAUAUGGAAAAAAGUUCGAAAGAGCAACACGUCAUACUUGCGCCACGUUUCCAUCAUCAACAUCGCAAUGUCUCUCCUGAUCGCAGACAUUUGGUUCAUUAUUGGCGCAAGUAUCUCCGAGGGAGAUAAAAAGAAUCCAGAUGCCUGCACCGCCGCGACCUUUUUCAUCCAUUUCUUUUACUUAGCCCUCUUUUUCUGGAUGUUGGCAUCUGCCCUGCUGCUGUUCUACCGCUCCGUCAGAGUCUUUGGUGGAGGACUUUCGAAAAACACAAUGCUAGCUAUUGGAUUCUCGCUCGGCUACGGGGCCCCGCUAAUUAUCACAGUCAUUACCAUCGCCGUGACUGCACCCAACGACGCUUACAUUCGAGAAAAUGUCAUCUGCUGGCUCAAUUGGGAUAAGUCGAGAGCACUGCUGGCAUUUGUGGUCCCGGCACUGAUCAUUGUGUUUGUCAACAUUAUCAUCCUAAUUGUGGUGAUAGUUAAAAUAUUGCAGAGUCGGGGGAUGACGCGCGGUGCCAAUGAAGAUGAGAAGUAUGUCCUGGUCGUCAUUAUUCGGAGCUUGGCUAUCCUCACACCCUUUUUUGGAAUAACGUGGGGUCUUGGAGUUGGAAUCUUAGUUGACCCAACUAAUCUCGGUAUCCACAUCACCUUCGCCUUCUUCAAUUCUCUGCAGGGAUUCUUCAUAUUAGUUUUUGGAACGCUCUUGGACAAAAAGGUUCGGUCAGAAAUAUCGGUGUUCACACAGUCUCAGACUUCAGGAAGUGGGACAAAGAGCUCGAGUGCUGAAAAUUCAUCAAGCGGAUGGCAUAUCUGGAAGAACUUUGGAAGAAGAGGUGUUAGCAACCUAUCAUCGGAGGCCUCCUCAUCAUCACAGGCGAUCAACACUUGAUAACCGCUGCAAAAA